AUUUCUCUGUUUGCGUUUAACCCCAGUGCGACAGUAGCGUACAUAUUUUGUCGCUAUCUUUCCUCUGUCCCUUCUGUCUAAUUUUAUUGCGUGGUAUUUGCCUUGCUAGCUUGUAUGUGAAGAUGACAGAAGGCGAUGAUGUCAUUGAUAACCCCUCCCAUACUCAUCAAUAUGACAAAUAGAGUGUCCUUUGGCUAACUAUUGAGAAGACACUGAUCGAACUAAGCUGUAACGCCAUGGCUAUAGUGCUCUAAAUAGAGAAAGACGUAGGUUUUUCCAGGUUUUAGCUGAUGUUGAAGUUGCAUUCUUGAGAUGAGCCAUCCAUUUGACGGAAGUUCCACAGAAUCGUCCACUGGUUGCAGCUAUUAGCAGAGAUCGGUGGGGAUUCCAGGAGAGCCAUGGGGGUUGGGAAGCAGGAGGCGACCCGGGCCCGUGCCCCCAGCGCCGCGCUCACAGCCUGGCUCCUCUGAUGGAGCGUCCCAGUGGACGCCCUCUCAACUACGCCUGGCACGGAGGACGAGGAGAAGGAGAGGGAGUUUAAACGCCACUCUUCUGCCUGAUCCGAAGAGGUCAAUUACCGCCGUAGCCACAAACUACUCCAUGCUCUCACUCUCUCUCUCCAAACGACACAGGAAGCAAACAGCUUGACCCUUGGUGGUAAACCUCACAGAACCCGCCUGAAGUGACAUCACCUUUUAGGAGAGCCACCAAUCACCCUCCGUUCUCUUUCCUGAUCCACCUGCACCUGUUACCUGUGGCUCCCACCAUUUGCUUUGGUGCUCCCGAGCGAGUGCGGACCAGACUGUCAGAACGCUAAGGGUGAGAAAAGAGAGAGAGAGAGAGACAAAGAGACGGUGCGCUCGCGCUCUGUGACUGUGACUGCUCAAGCACCAUGGCCAUCUGGAGAACAGCAGAGCAGAGCGUCGCACCACCAGCGCUGGGCAGCCAGUAGGAGGGGCCCACCCCACCUAGCAGCAGCAGCAGCAGCAGCAGCCCGGCCGGCAAGCUCCAACACCCAUGCCAUGGAAGGGGACAUCAUCUUGGCCGCAAACACGGAGGGUUUGAAUGGGUUGCCUCAAGAAUGUAAGCAGACAGUGGAUCUAACCAAUGGACACUCCAAUCACAAACCUGAGAUGAAUGGAGUGGCUCCAGGCCAUGCCAUCAUUAAGGAGCACGCCAAUGGAAACUCCCUUCACAAACCAGUGCCAAUCUCCGCGCUGAAACAGAAUGGUCUGUUGCAGUCCCUGGCAGCAGGAGGUGAUCAGCCUAGGACAGAAGAGGUGAACUCGGAGGUGGAGAGGGCCAGGGAGGAAUGGGAUGCCCUUGAGAGCAUCCAGCCAGUUCUCCCCGAGGAGCUCGCUCCCUCCCUGCUCAUCUCCUUCAACGAAGCCCUGCAGCACUUCCAGACCACAGACCUCGCAGAUCUCCUGAAGAACAUCCAGCCCACCAUUCGUAGGACGGGUCUGGCGGCCAUCACACACUUCCUGUUUGGUCCGCCCCGACUGCACAAGGAGCUGCUGGAGGAGAGGGACCUGGUGUUUGCCAUUGCACAGUGCUCAUUGGACAACGGGCAGCCUGUGCACAUGCGUGUGCUGCAGACCAUCUACAGGAAACUGACUGGCAACCGCAAUGACUGCCCACGCUUUGGACCCCACUGGGAGAACGUGGGUUUUCAGGGGACCGACCCGUCCACAGAUUUGCGAGGCACAGGCUUCCUGGGCCUUAUGCACACACUUUACCUGGUCAUGGAUCCAGAAACACUACCUUUAGCACGAGACAUCUACAAGCUGUCCCAGCACCCAGUGCAGAACUUCCCCUUCAGCGUGAUGUCCAUCAACAUGACCCGCAUUGCCUUGCACGCGCUCAGAGAGGAGGUCCUAUCCAAGGAGUGCAACCGACGGCAGCAGGUUGUCGGGGUGAUCAACGACUUCUACGCGGCCACUUUCCUGCACUUGUUCCAGCUGUGGAAGAGCGAGCAGAAAACUAUCUCAGACUCGGGCUAUGUGCUCAAAGAGGUAGAAAUCUUUGCCAAAAAGAACCCCAAACAGAUCCUGAGGCGCCUGGAGACUUUCCUGAAGGAGCGACGCACUAGGAUAGGGCACCGAGCAUCACCGGACAGCCUGUCUCACAGCAACCGUUCCCCCACCGACAGGGGGUCCAGCCUGGAGACCCAGGGGACCAAAGAGGGCAAAGAGAUGAACUUCACCGGUGUGUGUGAGCUCCCGGCCGAGAUGGAGGGAGAGGCCCGACUCAUCUGAGAGAAAGAGACAGAGUGUGAGGAGUGGGACACGUCUUGUGAGGGGAAAGGGAUGGUCAAAUUAUGUCACAAGUUGAGAUGGGUUUAUCUCUUCUCUUAAAUGUUCUUUUCCUCUUUUUUCCCCUCUCGCUCACCGUUUGCACACAACAACACACACACACACACACAUGUGUACACGUGCACGCCUAGCCAGCAUUGCUGCACAUCCAUCUUUGAGAACUGUUCCUCUUUCACAGAGUAGACUUCAGGGUUCAGAUUCACUACAGAUCUCUCUAUCUCUCUUCUCUCCCUUUGCCUAUUUCUAUAGGUUCCUACUAGAAUAACCCCUCGUAAUGUAUGCUUACACAGAGAAGCCGCCAAGGUGAAUAGUUGCCAAAUAUUUGUUUUGUUUUGUUUUGUUUUUAUCCUUCCCCCUAGUUGGAGCUUGGUGCUGAGACUGUAGCAUUUUCACUGUCCGUAGGGUGGUUGGAUGACAAGAUAAGGCUCAGGGAGAGUGACUGAGGUCGAUGAGGUUCAAAGUUUAUGAGGUUGUUUGUUUGUUUAUUUGUUUAUGAUUGACUGUGCACUGGCUGCACAGAGCCCUACUGUGAGGCUAGAAAGAGAGUCAUUAAGAAAGGAAGUAUCUGUGAUAAGCGUGAGGUACGCCAUUUUUAUAUUCAUCUUGUGCACUAAGCGAGAGAUUGAUUUGGAGAGAUCCAUGCACAUUGGCAUAACAAUAUCUGUAAGCUUGCAUAUAUAUAUAUAUAUAUGUGUGUGUGUGUGUGUGUGUGGGUGUGUACAUGUCAAAGUGUUCUGUGUAUUUGCUCAAAGGCGUUGGUCUGCUUUGUAAAUGUUACGUAGGAAACAUGGUGUCUUUCUGCGCAGGUUGUAGACGAGAAGCACUAUUUGCAGUGCAAUCCAAGCCCUAGUGAAGCUCUUUGAACCAUGCAAGUAUUUGGUAGUUGUAUUUGUUGGGUGAGUGAGGUAGAUGGUUCAGUUGAGGUCUUGUGGCACUAUUGAUUUUUUCUGUUAGAGCUCUACAAGUGUUCUGUAUGGAUAAAUUCUAGCUGUAUAAAUAUAUAUGAGUAUAUUUUUCAAAGACUUUACACUGAAGCUAUUUUAUUCUUACCAGUAUGAAGAACACAAAGAAACAUGGCACCUCCUGAUGUCCCUCAGGACUGUUUGUCAAGGAACCCCCGCUGGCCACUGGGCCUGGUACAUUGGCUGCAGAUUUUUAAAGCAUUGAUGGGAGGGGUUGAAGUGUGACUUCCACCGCCCUCUUUGACUGUUACUGUGUCCCCCUGUCACCUCAGAGAAAUGGGGAUGUGCAUAAACCAUCUCCCUGACACCGAGCCGCUAGCCUAGCAGAAGGCAACAUCGUGGCUUAGCCUCCCCUUCUGAGUAUGCAGGGUCUGCUGGACAAAAGCCUUCUGGUGGCUAGUAGGUUCUUGUAAUUUGCAUGCAAAAAAUAAACAUACAAACAAAAAAAAAGAUGGGUUCCCCAGCGGAACUGUGCUGGUGGCUGUAGAUUUAGUCCUAACCAGUGUAUAUUUUGUGUAAAAAAAAAAAGGGGGUGUUGAUUUUUCCCUUAAAGUAAAAGCGGUACGUCUUGGCAAUAGUGGUAGGAAGCUAGCAACUUCUCCGGUAAAUGUCUUUUGAUGUUAUUAUGAAAAGUGUUUAUGAAUUCAGGGGAGUGUUUUCUCGACACUUCAGGGUAGCGACCAAAAACCAGAUUGUGAUAAAGCCUCUUUAAGUACGUACGUUGCAGUCAGAAUAGAAUGGGUGUGUUGUCAGCUGAAUUGAUUGGCAGGUGAGUUUCUAUCGAGACUCUGCGACUCGAUGCAGCUCAUCACGGCUCUACCACAAAGCACCAGUCGAAAGGAUCCUCUGCAGGGUAAAUAUUUGUUGUGGAAAACGGUGGCCUUGAGAGAAGCAGGACUACCUAGCUGCAUUAUAUCUGGUGUGCUCCGGUAGAUGAUCAGAGCCAGUCAUGGUUGACACAGUGAUGCUUUGUGUUUUGUUUGAGAGAUCCUGGAUUGAUCUCCUACUUCUUUGUCAGGUUUUUGAGGAAGGACGGUCUCUGAACUCACUUAUUUGUAGCAUGCUCCAUAGCACUAGGACCGUAGCACCAGAGAAUUGUUGUUGUUUUAUUUGUUGUUUUUAUUUUCUGGUUUAAAAUUCCUUGUUAAAAAAAAGGCUUGUUCUAUUACUCUGUAUGUUCACUUGUGUCUCUUUUUGGCAAAAUCUUAUGUGUUGUGUCUGAGAAACACAGUAGAUUUCUGUAACUUUCUCCAAUAUCUUCAGUUCCCUUUGCAACAACAAACUAGACUCAGUGGUUGAACGUGUUAGGAGUCGUCACUUUUAGUCCCUAUGUUUAGCUGAAUGAAAGAGUAGUGUUUUCUGCACUUGAAUGAGAUCAGUAUCUUUAAGACGGAGAAUAAUCUUUUAGGAGCUGCAUGUGGCACAGAGAAUCCCCCCCCCCACACACACACAUUAGCUGUGCAUUUGUUCACUUCCUGAUUCAUUACCCAGUGAGUCAUUGCCCAGCGAGACUUUUUACCCAUCCAGGAAAAAUGUUAAGAGUACACAAACCUACCCACACAAGCAGACAGAUAGACACACACACACACACACACACACACACUCACACUCACACUCACUCUCAGUUAGACCAGUGGAAGCAUGACUAUUAAAUGUGACAAACUUGGCCACAAGCGCAACUAUCCUUUCAACUCUGUGUGUAAUUACAUAUUUUUUAUAUACACACACACACACACACACACUCCUGUCUGCUUCUUUCCCUCCAUUUGUUGUGACAUCACCUCCAUGAACACACUGGCAAGCAUGCACACACACACUCGGUGCUCAGGUGCGAGAGUGUGUGAAGCUCUGUGACGUGAUGGGUUGGUUCUGUGAGAGGGUGUGACGGUGGGGAGAAACACUAGUGCCUCAGAGAAGAGUGUCCUCCCAUAGCGCUGGGAGAAGCACGGUGGAACUUUAUAAAGCAUUCAUAAGCUACUUACAAAGCAUGGCAGCAGCUGUGUGUGUGUGUGUGUGUGUGUGUGUGUGUGUGUGUGUGUGUGUGUGUGUGUGUGUGUGUGUGUGUGUGUGUGUGUGUGUGUGUGUGUGUGUGUGUGUGUAUGUGUGUGUGUGUUGGGGGUGGGAAACAGGGGGGAGGGUACCUGCAAGCGUUUAUAAAGCAUUUGUAAGCACUACGAAACAGCUGCUGAUUGUUUGCGUGUUGCUCCCCCACGUUAGCUACAGCAGACUAAGCUUAUAGUGAAAUGAGCUCUGUCAGUAAGGCAGUCGGGGGUAGUGUGUUGUGUUGGGCAGGGAUGGGGGGCUAGAUUCGGCAGACGUCCCACACGACUGCUGUGUGUCCAUGAAGGAACAUUCCAUGCCAGUCGCCCUUCCGUGCCAGUCUCCCAUGGCACGGGGGGAGUAGAACGUGGCGAACGCUUGUCCACAAAUAUUUAAAAAAUAAAAAAAAGGUGAAGCUGCACAGGCACCCAAAUUUUUAGCUGAGUGUGCAUGUCUACGUCAGAGGCGCUGUUUGUCGGUGGACAAUCUGCAGACGCUCUCGCAGAGGGGUCAGUCUGGUGAAGAGCAGCCUGACGGGACGUGUAGUGACGAGCAUUGGCACGUGUACAUAGAAGAUACAAGUGAAGAUUGUAGCAGUGUGAUUGUUAACGGGGGUUGUAAUAGCAGUAAUGUCAUGUCAAACCUCAGGCUUGAGACAAAUCUCUCACUCUCUCCUCCUUUUUGCUUUUGUCCGGUAGCUGAUGAACACCAGUGGUGUCAUAAAAGACACACGGAAAACAUACAGCAUUGUCCCUGAAGCCCAACAGCUUCACUGAUCUCUUAGCCAUCUUUUUAGUUAUAUUUUGGUUUGUUUUGGGUUUAUUUUUGUACAGCAGUCUAACAGUGCAUUAUCAUACACAGUUCCCCUAAACAGCGCACUUGGCAAUAGGGCAAUUCAAAAGAUUGUGCAUUGUUUCUUUGAGGGAGAAGAAGGAGGAUGUGGUUGGAAUCAACCAGAUCUCUCUUGGUUAGCUUUCAGGUCGAGUUAGCCCAAUUCUUUUUUUAUUAUUAUUAUUUUAAAGUCAUUCAUCUUUUUUUUUUUUUUUUUUUUUUUUUUCUUUCCUGGGACUCACUUCUGUCGUGUGAAUCGAUAGGAGACUGGAUGAGGCCUCAGUCUUGACCUUCUUCUCCCCCUUUUCCCCAAAUGCAUCUUAGGUGAGAUAAGAGUCCCUAUGCUACCCCC